AUUUCGGUUAGUACUGGUUGGAACAACGCAAAGAUAACGUCAAAACUACGUCGCGCUGUCCGUACACCGCAUUAGAGAAACACACAAUCAUACCAAUUACAAGAGCAAAUGUGAAGAAACUUAUUAAAAUCAAAUAGAUUUGAGAUCUUUGACAUUUUGUGAACGAUAUCAGAGUGAGACGAAAUUUAAACAAAACGUCAAACUAACCAAACUGCCUAUCAUUUUGAGUUCAAGUCAAUUUCAAGGUGGUGAUCAACAUAUAUUGUUUUUUUUUUCCUGUUGUGUAAAUACAUAGACUGAACAAAACUAAAGGCUUGAAUUUUAUGGAUUGAUGCUAAUAAUUGCUAAAGUCCCUUUAGCAUUUUUCGUACCAAAUGGACUCUGGUCAUUGAUACAUUCCAUUAAAUCGCAAAUUUUUUUCAUUUUCAACGAUAAACGGUGAACAAUUUUAUAAAUUUCUUAAAAAUGGCGUUGCAACAAUAUUGCCUUCGAUGGAAAUAUCAUCAUAGCAAUUUGCAAACUAUGUUUUCGCAAUUAUUGGAUCGUGAGGCAUUUUGUGAUGUGACUUUGGCGUGCGAGGGACAAACUCUUCGGGCACAUCGGGUAGUUUUAUGUGCGUGCAGCACGUUCUUUGAUUCGAUACUUUCAAAUCGAUACACAGACAAGGAUCCAAUUGUCAUCAUGAAAGAUUGCAAAUUCGAUGAUAUUCGAUGUCUAAUCGAAUUUAUGUACAAAGGCGAAAUCAAUGUUGAACACGAACAAUUAGCAUCAUUGCUACGAACUGCGGAGGAGCUACGAAUCAAAGGUUUGGCUGAAGUGUCAUGGACUGAUGAAAAUGGUGACAGCAGACGAACAAAGAACAGAACUCACAACAUACGGAACUUGAUGCAUUUGAAUGAAACUGCAGUUACACCAGCAAAACCACUUCAACAACCAAAACGCCAUUCUUUCAGUAGCAAUAGCAACAAUCAAUUGAAUUCUAGCGAUGUGGAUCCAUUGGCAGAAUCGUCAGGAAAAGGAUCCGUCGCCGAUGAACCUAUACAGGUGACAAAAUCAGGUGCCAACCAGUUCCUACUUCCAGUUAACUCACCUCAACGAGGUGUCGAGGAGACAAUGCCAACGGUCAAAAAGAAACGCGGUCGUCCACCUCUUGAUGACGAUUUCGAUAGUUAUAGCACACCGAAAAUAACGCAUGUCGAAAGCACAGCAAACAGUUUUGAUGUACAUCCCGAUCAAAAUGCUAUGUACGACGAAAAUUCACACGAAUCACCCAGCACAAUGUUAGAGCAAUCAAUGGAAGUUUCAAUGGCGUGCGAUAACGAUGAACCGACUCUAAUGCCAAUUCAACCGAAAAUUGAACGACCAGACACACCGGCAAGCGUAAAAAAUGAUUACUAUGAUGAAAAUGAUUACAACCCGAGCAGCCCAAUGGACGAAUCCACAGGCCUGUCAUCACAGGUAAUGUUAACACCGCAAGAGGAAGAAGAAUGGCGUGAUGUUAUCAAAAUGAAUGAUUAUUUGGCCAAAGGACGUAGACCGCAAUUUUGGGAAGAGACAUUUACUAAACGUGUUAUGGAAGCGAUCAAAUCAAAGGAACUGGAAAUGAAAAAAGCGGCUCAACUUCUUGGAGUUUCUUAUGGUACACUGUAUGGUAGAUAUCGAGAGACAUAUGGCUGUUUAAAACAUCCAUAUCGAGGUCCGUUUAUGGUUUCGAGAUUACGUGAAUUUUUAAUGGAUCAUGGUCAUGAAGACUUGAUUGGCCGCUUACAACGUGGCGAGAUAACUUUGCCGCGCGCUGCUGAACUUAUGAAUACUUCUCUAACAAAUCUGAGCGGACUUUUGGAAUAAAAUCAAAAGGGGUUUCAGUUAAACAAUGACAAAAGAAAGUUAGGAUGCUUAACGCAAACAAAAGAAAAUAAGUAAAAGAAUGAAGAAAAAAAAAUGAAUCGAGAGAAAACAGAAAUAUAUUCGGUUUAAUACUGAGCAAUGAUGAUAGGAAAAUCGGAAAUAAUCACACACUCGUUUUACUGAAAAUAAGACUUUACAAAGGACACAUUCAAUGAAAUAUAUACCAAAUGUCAUGUACAUCUAUUUUGUAAUCCAAUUCGGUUGCAGAGCAAUUUAUAAAAUUGUGAAUGAAGAAAAUCCAUUAGUUUUAAGAAGAUAAUUUACAUUUAUAAAUAAAUGCAAAUAUUAUAUACAAUCAAG